AUGCGAUUUGAUAGCAAACGGUCAAGUUCAAUCUAUUCCCAACAAUGGCAACGAUUUAUCUGCAACAGUGUGGAUAAGUCGAACAAUAAUUUUUCCACUUCCAUAGCAAAAUUCCGUUCCUGCUACUAUGUGAUCAAAAAACAGGACUACGUAGACUUGUCUUGCUUAUCGAUCUACUGGAAUUACUAUCAUUUUUCAUUAUGCAUUGUGUUUGCAGAUACCUUUGUGUCUAUCAGAUGA